GCUUAUCUAGAAAUUUGCAUGCCUUUUGACCCUUCUACUGCGUCGUAAUUCUCUAGUUUCACGGUUCAAUCCUAACCCAUCGCAUUGGUGACAGAUGACUCUAUUCUAAGAAAAAUGAACGAAAAAGAAAUUCAGUUAGAGGCUGCGAAACUAGCCGAAUCUUUUUGCUUGAGCUCUUCUAUAAGUUCUGACAGCUUUCUGCCGAAAUACAGCGAAAACACCUAUUCACACCUGGACGAUAUGGAGAAAGGUUGCUUAUGUUUACAUUCUGAUCCAGCUCCACCGUACCCAGAAAACAACCAUCAAGAAGCGUCCGUAGACAUGGCACGACAAAGCAGAUACUUCGAAUCAUCAAGGAAUUUCUUCAUGUCAAUAUUGUGGUUGAUUUUCUGGCCGGCAAAAAUUGCGAGAAUUCCUGAAGCACGACGCAGACAGGAGAAUGAAGCUCUCCGGCUUGGUUGGUGCUUUAUUGGCUCAAUCGUAUUGGACUUUUUCUUUUCUUACUUUUUCCUUGUCCCCUUUAUAAAGGAAUCGAUGAAAGAGUUUGUAGGGUUACGGUUUCAGAUUGCUCUAGCGAUUGUUCUUGUCAUCGCGGCUUUCUACAUGUUCUUGUUUGUUUUUUCACUGUUGCUGGAUUUUAUUGCUUUAGUGCUUUCUGGGAUUGCUUCUUUGAUUUCUGGGAUUGCUUCUUGGAUUCCUUGGAUAGCUUCUUGGAUUUCUUGGAUUGCUUCUGGGAUAGCUUCUUGGAUUAUUGCUGCUCUUGGUUUCAGGAUGUCGUCGGAAAGAAACGACUCGACGGAUGGUAACUGGAUCCCACUAAACACUAUGCCAGCAGGGUCUGAAAAUCAAUCCAACAAUCGUAGUGAUAAUACUGCCGGACAACCAUCAUCUGAAUGUUUUGAGCAACAUCCAAGGACACAUCACAAACCGAGUCAGGCUAGGGAUGCUGAAAGCACUGGAAACGAAUCUCAUGCUUGA